AUGGCUCUUUCAAUGAACAUCUGUAUUUUGAUUUCUGUGUGCUCUCCAUUUUCCAGCGAAAUUAUUAUGUUUGAUAGGUAUCCUUCAGUUUACCCUUUUGGUGAAAGCAUCGUGACUUUUGAAUGUGAAGACAUAUGGUUCUCUUCUGAAAAGGAGAAUAAAAAUGCGAGCCUGGAAAUUCAACUCCGGAGAAAUGCAAAUGAUAACUGGACCACCGUUGUCGAGUCAAAUCGUUCAAGUGUUUUCAGGAAAAGUGAAAAUACGCUUUUUAGUUUUACUAUUUUAUCAGUUAGGGUUAGAGAAAGACAAUAUGAUCAGAGAGUGACACUUACAGGAUUAAUACAGUCAAAACAAUGCACAGUUGAUCCGAAGAUAUCUCCAGACCUUCGCUGUGUACUAAGUGAUGAGAGUCGAAUAAUCGACAGUUCUGAGACGAGAAUAUUAUCGAUUGAAGGGCGAACCCCUGGAAAUAUGACAGACAUCUCCAUCGUCCCUCAGGAAUUAUUCCAGGAUAAAGAUGAAAUUUACUUUGAAGAGGAUGAUGUUUUACAGUUACAAUGUAUUGCUGAAGUAGAAAACAUUAAUGGCCUCCCCAGUAAGGAUAUUCGAUGGUGCAAAAACGAAUCGGGAAAAUUCCAAAAGCUGUCACUCCAACAUCCUCCUCUGACAAGCAUAGUGUCGAGAAGCAAGGAUGGGUGCAGUGUUGUUCAGAAAUCGGUCAUAUUUUAUCACAUCUUACAAAAUGACACCGAUGUAGAUCUAAUGUGUGAGUCUGGGUACGGAGGUACGUGUGGUAAAAGUGGGAUCAACCUGACGAUAAGCAUACCAACGGCUAAUACCAAUAAAGAUAAAUGGAGAGUUUCGCCAAUUGUCAUUCACGAUAGAGAAUCUGUCCUUAACAAAAAUCUUAUCAAAUUAAACGGAGCUGGAAAAACCAUCUAUCUUCUCUGUACAGCCUCAACCCUUUUCCAGCAAGAAUCAUUGCAGAACAAAAUGAAUUGGUGUUUUAAAAGACAAGUCAAUGAGACAUGGACAAAAAUUAGUCCACAAGAAAAGAAAGUAGAAGUGGUAUCGAAUUCCAGCGGAGAAACAACAAUUUUCAGUAGAAUAAAGUACCACGUCACAGUAUUAGACAGGGACAUAUUCUUUCGGUGUGAAAUAUCUCGCUACUCCAGGUGUGGAUCGGGUCUGGCACAUGCAACAACAAACAUUUCAAUAGGUGGGGAGACAUUGACGAAUGAAAUCAAAGAAGGUUUUAAAGAUGUUCAACUACAAAAACGUUUGGAACCUGACUGUAGCAAAGCGGGAGUAGCUGUGGUUUCUGUUAUAUUGGUUUCCAUCGUCGUUAUUGCAUUUCUUUUUCUGGUAGUGUUGUUCAGAAGAAAAGAGAUCAAGUUUCGGGGAUUUGUGCUAAGAAUUAACCGUGAAGAGAAAGUUUCGAUCGACGCAGCGGUAAAAACUAAAG